CAUCUGCAAGGUAUGCAAGGUACAGCGGUUAGGGGGGGGGAGUUGCAGGUGAACAGUGUACAUGGCAUGAUAUGUGUGGCAUCUCAAGGCUGACGGCAAUUAACAUGUCCACUCUGUAGGCAUCGCAUUGUUAUCGCGCAUUCUGACAGACCAAUUGGCCGAUCUGUCCAUCAAAUGUGGGUCGCUCGGUGAGGUAUAAAACCAGUACCGACUCGUCCAACUUCGAUGAAGUAGCUCUAGAAAUCAGGUACCAGGUAGUUCGGGGAGUCAGAAGCGAAAUGUUGGAACACAUUUAACGGAGAUGGACGAGAACACACCGCAGAAAAGGUGUGUUGGCAGAGCAGUCACCGUUGGCAUUUGUGGUGCGAUAGUGCUUUUGCUGCUGGUGGGCACGUCUCCUGCGCCGGUCGAAGGUUUGCGCUGUCGCACGGGUGAAGGACCGAGCGCCGACGACGUGAAGCGUAUCGUGCGGACGUGCAUGAACAAGAUAACGAAUGCGGGGUCGGAGAAUCGUAGCAGCGACGAGUACGCGGACUAUGACUCAUCGGCUUCGGACGAAUCGAACGAGCAGAAAGACAACGGCGACGACAACGGCAGGCAAGGCGGCUCGCAGCCCAAAAGGCAGGGAGGAUCGAACAAGGUGUACUACGAUCGGCGCUACGAUGGAAACGAUCGAGGACAGGGACGGAUGAAUCGACCGGAGGAGGGUGGCCGAUGGCAGCAGAUGGAUGGCAGCAGAAGAGAGCAGAGUCGCAACGGAGAGCCGGAUCGAGCGAGAACGAUGGGCGAGUGGGGACAGCGCGAUCGCAACGAGGAGGAGCAACAGAUGAUGCGCGACUACGGAAGAAGUCACCGCCGACGCAAACGGCAGUACUACGGAGGUCAAACGGCGGGUUCGUCGUCUUCCGGGUCGGCGGGUGAGCAUUCCUACAACGGACGCGCUUCGCCCCAGUACGGGGAAGCGGGACAGGGUGGCAAUGGAACACGGAGCGGUGGGAACUCCUCCUCCUCCUCCUCCACGAUCGAACGCGAUCGGGCCUGCUUGAUGCAGUGUUUCUUCGAGGAGAUGAAAGCGACGAACGCGGACGGGUUUCCCGAGAAGCACAAGGUGCUGCACGUCAUCACGAAGGACAUCCGGGAGCACGAGCUGCGCGAGUUUUACGUCGACUCGAUCCAGGAGUGCUUCCACAUGCUCGGGCUGGACAAUCGGCUAAAGGACAAGUGCGACUAUUCGAUGCGCUUUGUCACGUGCUUGAGCGACCGGUUCGAGACGAACUGUGACGAUUGGGAAAGUGUGACUUCCGCUAUGUUUUAGCAGCUAGUUUGGCGAAUCAUUUUAAACAGCACACGGCGCACCCGUUUUUUAGCAACUCCGUUAGCAGGUCAAUAAAACAUUCAAUCGAUGACAGAAUCGCU